AUGCCCACUCAACCAAAUCCCAAUCCUAAUAAUAAGCCAUCCCAACCCGUGUAUAAUAAUGAGGUGGCAGCUUAUCCCACUUAUCUGGUUAAUACAAUAGAACUAGAAGGAGUACAAUUGAGGUCAGGAAAAGCCCUCCAAGGUCCCACAAUCACAGAAAUAAAUGAAGAACUUGAAGUAGAGUCCGAAAAAGAACCUCCAUUUCCUGACCGGUUGCUUUCUAAAGCUAUACAAAAGGAACCUAUGCAAACUGAAUUCGAUCUCAUUAAUGAACUCCGCAAUGUUAACAUUAAGAUUCCUUUGCAAAAGAAGAAAGAAGAUCCAAAAACUGUUCAAGUUAUUGGGCAAUUGGCGGAUCUUAUGCUUGACAAUUUGACAAUUCCUAAAUAUGCAGAUCUCGGAAGCAUAGUCAUCCAGGUAAGCAUUGGUAAGAUUACUAUACCUAAUACACUUGUGGAUUUGGGUGCUACAAUUAAUGCGAUGACUAAUGAGACCAAAACAAAAUUAUCUCUUGAAGGACCUAGGCCCACACCUAUAGUUCUCCAGAUGGCUGAUCGUUCACUGGUCAAGCCUGAAGGGGUUAUUGAAGAUGUGGUCCUUGCAGCCGAAAGUUAA